AAGACCAACCCCCAAAAUGAAGUGCCUAGUGAAAACGGAGAUAGGUAUUUAAAACUUUAAAACAUAUCGCAAUAGUAGUGGACUCACUAUUCAUAAACUCGGCAAAUUCUGUUACCUGACAUCUAACGUUGUUUUCCAAGGACGCAGAGGGGUUUUUCCAGGAAAGGAUACAUAUCGCAUCCAUUCGAACCACUGCAAGGCAAGCAAGCUACAAUUUACAACAAAGUUUACUUUGAGAUUUCUGGAUAUUCUGCAUGCAGGAGCUCCUGUGAGGUUUCUCUCUACUGACUGACUGUGUGGUGGAAGAAGGGUUGUACUUGUGAAGAACCAGGAGGAAGGAAGGCCGUCCAGUGGAUACAUCCUGUCCUCUUCUGGAUAAGCUGUAGGCCAGUUCUACUACAGUAUAACUGCAGCAUUAUGAUGCCAGACAGACCCAUUCUACCCCUGUUUCUCCUGGCGUUCUGCUGCUCAGCAUUUGCAGGUCCGUUGUCUCGUAGCCCGUGUGAGCUGCUGCCAGUAGGUGUAGGCCACCCGGUGCAGGCUCUGCUGAAGAGCUUCACGGCCCUGUCAGGCUGUGCCUCCCGUGGAACCACGGGUCUACCACAGGAGGUUCACAUCAUCAACCUGAGGGGCAGCAGCCCUGAGGGGUCAAACGGCACACCUCCAGAGGUGGAGCUGCAUCUGAAGCCCAUCCAGUCCCUGCUGGUUCACCAGAAGCCCCUGGUGUUUGUGCUAAACUCCCCCCAGCCUGUGGUGUGGGACAUCAGGACAGAGAAACUAGCCCUAGGAAUUAAACACACCUUCCAUGUAUCUGGGGGAUCUGAUGUCCACUUCCCUCCAGGGAACUUCUCCCUCCACUGUCAUGUUCAGAAGGAGGUACUUCCCCAUGGCAACGAGCACCUCCUCAACUGGGCCACCAAGAAGUACAGAGCCGUUACCUCCUUCUCCGAACUCAAGAUUACCCUGGACAUCUACAUCAAAGUGGGAGAAGACCCAGUGUUCUCCGAUACUUGCAAGAUCGACAACAAGUUCCUCUCUCUGAACUACCUUGCUGGCUACAUAGAGUCCCAGGCCUCUAAAGGCUGUGUCCUGUCUGGACCAGACCAGGACCAAGAGGUCCACAUCAUCGAGCUGCAAGCACCCAACUCUAGUAGUGCGUUCCAGGUGGAUGUGAUUGUUGAUCUGAGGCCGUUGGGGGCAGAUGUUCUGUUGCAUCGUGACAUCGUGCUGCUGCUGAAGUGUCAGAAGUCUGUCAACUGGGUCAUCAAGGCUCACAGCGUCAGCGGGAAACUGGAUGUAGUGACGCCAGAUACCAUCAGUCUGAGCCCCAACACAGAGAGGCUGAUGGAGGUGUCUAGGACCCCUAAGCACCACCUCCCGUCUGGCUCUCAGGCCCUGAUCAAGUGGGCAGAGGAUCAUGGUUACGGACCAGUCACCACCUACACCCACACACCUGUAGCUAACACCUUUAAUCUGAGGCUCAGGGAGCCAGAUGUGGUGGAUCCCCUGGAUUCCAUGUUCCCUCCAGAACUCUCCAUCUUACGGGACACCAACCCCAUCCUCUCUGGUGGUCAGGGGGGUGCUGGCCCACACUCCGGUGGCCUGCCCUUCACCUUCCCCUUGCCCCCGCUCAUGGAGCAGGGCCUGCCCUACCUGUCCCUGCACCCCUCCCUGGAUGACCGGCCUUGGCUGGGAGGGGAGCUGGGUGGGGAGCCUGAGGAGCAGCAGGGGACCCUCAGUGUUGGUCUCAGUGUUCAGUGUGAGGAGAGCAGGAUAGUGGUCUGCAUUGACCGAGAGAGUCUGCAGGCCAACGGUUACGCUAAUGUCAACCUGACUCUUCAAGACCCAGAAUGCAAAGCAACGGUCAACUCCACCCACUACACGUUGGUGACCCCAUUGGAGGGCUGUCAGACCACCAAGUACCCCAUGCACCCCGGUCCUAUGGUCCUCUACAUCAACUCAAUCCUGAUAAGUCACGAUGAGCCUAAGGAUGGGAGUGGUGUUUCCCUGGAUUACGAUGAUCUAGAGUCCGGAGACGUGACUUUCCCUGGGGAGACAGAGGCGCUGGAGAGGGCUGCUUUCCUGGAGCAGACCACGGGGCCUGAUCACAGGUCCUCCAUUCUGUUCAACUGCACCUACAGGAAGAACCAGGACACUCUAGGAGGAUCAGGAUCAUCAGGAUCGUUCCCCCGUAUUUCCCCAGCAGCAAAGGAACCGCUCAGCGCCGACGUCAUGUUCAACAUGGAGCUGUACAACACCCAUCUCUUCCGUUAUCCGUCUACCCAGGCCUUCCAUGCCGUCUCCAAAAAUAAACAGGUCUUCGUAGAGAUUGGAGCCUUCAAAUUCGACCCAUAUCUUGGCUUCAUGAUCCAGACCUGCUUCAUCUCUGCCAACUCAAACCCCAACAUCGCGUCAGACUAUACCCUGAUCGAGAAUAUCUGCCCUACGGACGACACCGUCAAAUACUACAGUCAGAGACACCUACCUAUCUCCCACUCCCAGACCGACAGGAAGAGGUUCAGCUUCACCUUCAACUCACACGUCAAUGAAUCGUUGCUCUUCCUGCACUGUGAAAUGUCCGUUUGCUCUAAGAGACCCCACAAUAACCAGGGACUGGCGAUGUGUAUCCAACCGGACGAGGCUUGUACGUCUGUCAACGGAGAGAUCAUCCUAGCCAUGAUGAUGAACACCAGGACUUCUACCAAGACCCUAGUGGUGGUGGAUGAACAUGACACAGAGGAGGAGGAACCUGUUCAUCCCACCCUCAUGGCAUCACAAGACCCUGCUGACCCCCUAGGGGAAACCAUCUUGUAUGUGUUGGACACUCCAACCGUGGUUGGGAUCGCCUUCGCUGCAUUUGUGAUCGGUGCCCUGUUGACCGGAGCCCUGUGGUUCAUCUACUCUCAUACAGGUGAUACAGCUGGGCGACAGCAGCCCCUGAAGCCCCAACCCCCACCCUCAGAGAACAGCAGUGUGGCCCACAGUAUUGGCAGCACACAAAGCACACCCUGUUCAAGCAGCAGUACAGCAUAGCCCAGAGGUCAGGCCAAGGCCAUUGGAAAGGAGCCCGGCGGGGAGCCCCCUACCCCCCUGCAGGGCUACAGGAAGGGCUACACGGGUCACAGGGAACUGGGUUUGUUGACACUUGUUUCCCCUCUGGAUGAAAGGAAUUAUUUUGGGAUGCUUUGUGAAAACAAAGAAGAAGGAUGAUUUAUUAAAGAAGAAAAUAAAAAUAAAAGGAUAAAAAAAGGAUUUUGAAAGAUAC